AUAACCUUUCCCAUAUCAUUAUCAACAAUGGUCAAAAUGUCAUCCCCUUUGACAAUCCUCUUCAUCUUUCUAUCUUUGAUCAUGAUCAACCAUCUUCAUGUGGUCAGUUCUAAGCAAUGGUGUAUAGCAACACUAACCGCGACGAAUGCGCAAUUACAAGACAAUAUUAAUUUUGGAUGUAGUCAAGGAGUUGAUUGUACGCCAAUCCGGCCUGGUGGAUACUGUUUUGUUCCCAAUACUCUUGUAAAUCAUGCAUCGUUUGUAAUGAACGCAUAUUUUCAAAGCCAUGGUCGUACCAAAGAAGCUUGCAGCUUUAAGAAUACUGGCACAUUUGCCGGUACCGAUCCUAGUUGGGGUACUUGUGUGUAUGGUUCUUAGAAAUAUUUAAAUGGUUUUAAUAUUGUAUAUCCAUGUCAAAUGGUUAACUAAAUAAAAUAAUGGUUUUGAAAUU